GAGCCGUGUGUGCUUCUCUAGAGCGCGUCAUACAAAAAAACAGAUCUACACCGGAUUACAACUUUUUCCUUAUUUGGACGUGAGUUUAUAACGAAUCCCACCUGCCUGGAAUAAAAACAUCACGAUGGACAGCUCUAAUCUUGCAAGCAUGAGUGCGCAUCACCAAAACACCUUGGCAGCUCAACGGUUCCUUGCAUCCUCGUUUGAGUGCAUUGGGGAAACUACCUAAAGUAACGUGCGCCUUUCCUACCAGGACGAUGGUGAGUCGGUGUUAAUUCUUGAAACGUUAAAUUGGCUGUCAGGAGGCAUGGACCCAGCAUGGAUGUAACUCAGACCAAUGCGACGGAACAUGCCAACAUCACCAGCAGCCCCAAACCGUGGCCACACGCGCUGACGCCCGCCGCGUUCAUCAUACUCGUGGUGUCCGUAAUUAUUUUAGUCACCAUUGUUGGAAAUGUUCUGGUCAUCGUGGCAGUCCUGACUAGCCGUGCGCUCCGUGCGCCACAGAACCUGUUCCUCGUGUCGCUCGCGUGCGCGGACAUCCUCGUGGCAACGCUGGUGAUCCCGUUUUCCCUCGCCAACGAGAUCAUGGGAUUCUGGUACUUUGGAAGCACCUGGUGCGCAUUUUACCUGGCUCUGGACGUCCUGUUCUGCACGUCGUCUAUCGUUCACCUGUGCGCCAUUAGUUUGGAUAGGUACUGGUCCGUCACCAAGGCGGUGAGUUACAACUUGAAGAGAACCCCAAAACGCAUCAAAUCUAUGAUCGUGGUGGUGUGGGUGAUAUCGGCCGUCAUCUCCUUCCCGCCUCUAAUCAUGACCAAACACGACGAGACGGAAUGUUUGCUUAACGGCGACACCUGGUACAUCCUCUCCUCGUGCCUGGUGUCGUUUUUCGCGCCUGGGUUCAUCAUGAUCAUAGUGUACUGUAAGAUCUACCGGGUCGCCAAACAGCGCUCGUCCACCGUAUUCGUAGCUAAAAACGGUUUGGAAAGACAGGCUUCCCAGUCCGAGACGUGCUUCGUACGUAAAGAUAAGUUCGAGAAAGAAAGUCCGAGCAGUGACAGCUCAGAAAGCAACCAGAGGCAGGAGGAGCUGGAUGAUAUUGAUUUAGAGGAGAGCGCGUGCGACAACAAACCCAAAAGCUCGCGCUUCUCUAAGCGCAGGAAAGUGGACGGCGCGCACUGCUGCCCUCAGCGGCCCUGCCGGGUCUCGUGGGUUUCCAAUCAGGAGCAGAGCACCAGACAGUUUACGAGGGUCUCGAAAACCAAAGUAGCUCAGAUGCGAGAGAAACGCUUCACCUUCGUCCUGGCUGUGGUGAUGGGGAUCUUCGUCCUCUGCUGGUUUCCCUUUUUCUUUACAUACAGUCUCCAUGCCAUCUGCGGGGAGAGCUGCGUGCCGCCCGAAGGGCUUUUUAAGCUCUUCUUUUGGAUUGGUUACUGUAACAGUUCAGUGAAUCCCAUCAUUUACACCAUCUUUAACAGAGACUUCAGAAAAGCUUUUAAGAAAAUUAUCUGCUUGACUGGGAAACGCACAUGAGAGUGCAUCAAAUCUACAGUCCAGGCUCAACAAGUAUUUGGAGACUUUAAAUCACAAAUCAUUUUCUUUAUUUUCUUUUUAAAAGAAAAGUUACACUAAUUGUAAUUAAAUAUGUAAAAAUUUAGCUUGUCCCAGACUCAAACUUUAUCGUUUUAAACUCCAUCAUAAAGAAAACUAUUUUAAAAGUUACUGUACCUUGUUACCAAGGAAACAAAGUGCAACUGCAUAUGAAAUUGGACUCAGUCUGCUAUUUCAUUCUAGAAUUGAUAAAAUACAAAUUCAUCUCCGUCAUGACACUAAAUACUAAAAAAUACAACCACAGUCGGCGGUGAAGUGAAAAAAGCUGAACAUAGAAGUGAUGAAUUUUGACUAUACUUGAUCUACACACAGAUAUGUAUUGUUUAUUACAAACAUAUUUAUUUUGAUAAUUUCUUUGCUAUAAUUCUUUUAAAAUGUGUUGCUAAAGUGUACAAAUACUUUAGAGUGUAUUUCUGAUGUUGAUAUUGUUUGUAUAUAUAAAAUGAGGAUUAUUUGUAUAUGUAUACAGUACAUGUAAUCUCAGUAUUGUCACUCCCUGUAAAUAUAACAUGUAUAAAAUAUAUUAAUGUUGCCUUAUUCUCUCAUUCUGGGUAUAUAAUGCUGAUGGUGUUUACUAUCUGUUUUUUGACUCAUUGUUGAAAAGUUGAAAAAGUGAGACCUUCUGCUCAGAAUGAAUGAAGAUUAUUGUGUUUGGAUGCUGAUGUUGUAAUCAGUGUAGUUGUAUAAAAACAGGCCUUUAAUAAAUCUAUGGGGUGUGUUUUUUAAGGGCUUGGGGUAUCCGGUGACUGUUUAUGGUGCUGAAGGGAGCCCUGACUUCCCCAAAAUCAUAUUUUCCAUCAGUCAAAUUAAUAUCCAUGAUUUGAGAAACCUAAUUGAGCUGAACUCUGAAUGUAAGUGAUAGUAUCUGAAACUCAUUGACCAUCAUUGUCUAAAGGCAGGAAGGGAUGUUACACGAUAUCACAGAACUUUCCUGAUGUGAUCGGUCAUGUUUUUAUCCUAAAUCUAAAGUUUGGCAGAAUGUCCUGGGUUUGUUUUAGA